CUAGGCCUAGACUAGUCCAUAACCAAGAUUGUGGUUCCGUACCUCCACACACAGUCCUUAUCUGCUGCACUGGAAAAUAAGUCACACGCCGAACGUAUGGCGUAUCAAAACAACAUGUUUAGCAGUUGCAAGGAAUUCGUGAUUGAAAUUCUCUCACUAAUACAAUCACGGUUGUACAUGGGUGGCGUUGAAUAUUAUUAAAUUCACUGGCAUUUAAUUAUCUUCACUUUCCGUUCGUUGAUACAGAUACUGAUGUAGAAUAGCUGAUCUGGGAAGAAUCUGGUGGUGAAGAGGAUGUGGCUGAACUUGCUGAAGAGCAUCUCGAGUUUGCAGAGGAGGAAGAUGUCACAGGACAAGAUACACCACAACAACCACGGUCCGAUGCCAAGGAGACUGCCCCAAGACGGACGCUACCAGGCCCAGCUGAUAUAAGCCAGUCUCCGGUGGAGGACCCACAACAGCCACAUCUCAAGGCCUUCCCUCAGACCACAUACGGUGAAAAGAAACGGAGUUUCAACAAGGAGUGGUACAGUGCAUACUCCUGGAUUGAGUACUCGGCUGAACGGGAUGCAGUGUUCUGCUAUGCCUGCAGACACUUCCCAACAGCCAAUAAGGUAACUGAACAGUCGUUCACACGAGACGGGUUCCGGAAUUGGCGACAUGCUAUGGGGAAGGAUGGCAAGUUGGCGAAACAUGAACGUUUACAUAAGGCUGCGCUGGAGGCUUGGUCAGAAUUCAAGCAGAGGGCCAAGUCACAAGCCAACAUCGGGAACCUCUUGAAUGAGGCACACAUCAGGCUGGUCCGAGAGAACAGACAUUACGUCAAGGCAAUAGCGAAGGUCCUCCGAAUGACAGCUACUCAGAAGAUCGCACAGCGGGGAAACAGAGAAGGACAAUCGAGUAUGAUUAUGAACAGAGGGAACUUCCUGGCCACACUGAACCUGAUCUCAGAGUAUGACACGAUCGUGGCAUCAAAACUGUCUGGCCCUCGCAAUGCCAAGUACACGCACCCUGUCAUUCAGAACGAGCUCCUACACAUCAUGGCCGAUACAGUUCGGGAUGCCAUCAGAGAGGACAUCGAGGCUGCAGGCUACUUCUCCUUGCAGGUUGAUGAGACAAAGGACAUAUCCAAGAAGGAGAUAGUCUCAUUUGUGGUCCGCUACUUCCACAACAGUGAGAUCCAUGAGGAGUUUUUGCACUUCAAAGAAGCUGCUGGCCUUGAUGCAGGCUCUCUCUUCAGAGUCAUCCACAAGACACUCAACGAUAGCAGGAUCGAUAUCCAGAAGUGUGUUGGCCAGUGCUAUGAUGGUGCAUCAGUCAUGAGUGGGGCGAAUGCUGGCGUACAGGCAAAGUUCCGAGAGGUUGUCCCCCAGGCUAUCUACACUCACUGCUUCGCCCACCGUCUGAACCUGACUCUUGUGGACAGUUUGAAGAGUGCCAACCUAUGUAGUGAGUUUUUCGCAAUACUGCAGAAAUUGUAUGUCUUCCUGUCCGGAUCGUUCACUCAUCAGGUGUUCCUGCAAGCUCAGAAGGAGUACCUGAAGGACAAACGUCCGGUUGAGCUGAAGCGGCUUUCUGAUACUAGAUGGGCCUGUCAGCAUACAGCCUGCGUUGCAGUCAGUGAAGCACUCCCUGCCGUCAUUGCCACUCUCGAGGAAUUGGCUGAGGAGAGCAACAAAGACAGGGCUGUGGAAGCCAGAGGACUCCUUGCGGUCAUCAACGGAAGCUUCGUGGUGGGCCUGGUUGUUCUGCGGGCGGUUCUGAAGAAAACGAAGACACUCUCCGAUCAGCUCCAAGCUCGGGACCUCGACCUCGCUGAAGCAGUCUGUCUCGUGGAUACAGUCAUCGAGGAUCUGGACGAGUGCCGAUCAUCAGACGAGGCAUGGAACACCCUCUUCGAAGAGGCAGAGGUGAAGUGUGCAGAGAACGACAUUGCUCUCGAGAAGCCCUCCCGACCUACGAGGAAGCGAUCCCUUCCUGCUCGUCUUGAUGAAGCGGUCGUUAUGGCACCCACUGGGCGAAGAGACCAGAUGACAACCUUGGAGGAGUUGAAGGUGAACUUCUUCUACCCAAUUUUGGACGCGCUUCUUGCUGAGCUUCGGUCAAGGUUUGCAAAGGACACAUGCCAGAUCAUAAGAGGUACCAGCGCCUUAAGUCCCAAGAACAAAGUCUUCCUGCAAGAAGAGGUCCUCCGUGAGAUGGCCAACCACUACGGGUGUGUAGAAGAGGACCUUAAGUGUGAGCUGCACCAAACGAAGAAACUUCUGGAGCGGAAACGGGCUGCUGGCGUCAGGGUGGAAUCCAUGGUGGACUUCGCCAAUCUCAUGCUACCAUACCGGGAUGCAUUCUUCGAGAUCUACAAGCUCAUCUGCAUUUCGCUGACCCUUUCCGUGUCCUCAGCCGGGUGUGAAAGGAGUUUCUCUUGUCUGAAGCUUCAGAAGAAUUAUCUCCGAAGCACGAGUGGAGAGGACAGGACGAGUGAUCAUGGGGUACUCGCCAUCAACUAUGGUCGGACAGCAUCACUGGACCUCGAUGAAAUCGUGGAUAAGUUUGCACACAGUUACGGAAACAGGAGAAUUACCCUGAUCUAG